AUGGCUUUACCGGUAACUUCAGUAGAAGUUGUCGAUGAUGCAGAACUAUUAUUUUUCAAUGACGUCGAUAAAUAUUUAAAUUCUCUGAAUGAAAUAUUUCGCGAAAAACAUAUUAUAAAAAGAAUUAUACAUCAAAAUAUUAUAGCGGCAUUAUCAUUAGAAAAAGGUAAAUCGUCAAAAUCGUUUUCUCCGGCAUUUGCAUUUUGGGCUAGAAAAAAUUUCGAGAAAAAAGAAAUUUCAGGUGUUGAUAUUUUAUAUUGUAUAUCGAGUAAAAAGCCAGUUUGUAUUUAUGAAUCAUUUUAUCAUAUUAUCCAAGAAUGUCACAAAAAUAUUUCACAUGGCGGUCGCGAUAAAACAAUUGCUGAAGUUGCAAUACAUUAUUCGUGGAUUCCAAGAAAUGUAAUUGAAAUUUAUCUAAAACAUUGUUCAGCUUGUCAGCUACGAAAACCGAUCAAACAUCCAGUCGUUUCAAAGCCCAUUAUUUCGUUAGGUGUCAUGACGCGUCUUCAAAUCGAUUUGAUUGAUAUGCGAACACGUCCGGAUGUUAUAUCAAUUGAUGUUUCGUAUUUAUGGAUUUUAAACUGCAUUGACCAUUUUUCUAAAUUUUCGUGGAGUUACCCAUUGCAGAGUAAAUCAGCGGUUGAAGUGGCCCAAAAAUUAAGAGCAUUAUUUUUCGUUUUCGGACCGCCACGUUUAUUGCAUUCGGACAACGGAGCCGAGUUUAUCGCUAAUGUUAUCGUUGAAUUGAAAGUAUUGCUUACAGACAUGUGUUUUAUUCGAAGUCGUCCCCGUCAUCCGCAAUCUCAAGGUUGUGUUGAGCGUGCAAAUGGUGUUUUGACGAUUGCUUUAGGCAAAUGGUUAGUAGACAACACUCAAGUCAUUGGUCAGAAGCGUCCGAGAUCCAAUUCCGAUUUUUGGAAGAUUGUGCAAGAUCAAGAUAUACAAGAUGAAGUUCAACUACCAACACCUGUUGAAGAAAAUGAAGAUUUACAAGAUCAAGUUGAUGUUACGAAUCAAUUAAAUUCAGUUACCAGCAAAAACCUCGUUGUUGUUGAUCCAUUAUUUGAUAAUCCGGAAAAUAGUACUAUUUCAAAGUCGCUUAUUGAUUUAUCGUUCUCGUCCAACGUUAUUGAUAAAACGUCAUCUGAUGAUUUGUUGUCGAAUAAUUUAAUGUCGUUUGAUUCACCAACUACUGCUUCUUUUCCACCAAGAUUGCCAUCUAGCCCAAUAUUUAAUUUAAACAUCGAUUCAUUAAUUCCACCUAAUUCACCGGUUGAAACUAAUCCCAAAACAAGUGCUGAAAUACUCCUCGACGAUCUAGUUGUUUUUAUUGAUCCGCUUUCUUCGGUUGUUGUCCCGUCAAAUGUUAUUCCUGAACUUCAAUCAAAACCAUCAACUCCAUUUUCAUCUAUCCUUCGUAAACAAGCUGAAGGAAAUUAUUUGGAUACAGCGAACAAAAAAAGAAAAAAGUACGACGACCAUCUCAAUAAUUUAGCCGAACAAUUCAAAUUACGUGAUUGCGUUGGUAUUCCAAUACAUUCUGUUGAUCGUACAAAUACCGAUGCCAAAUUACUUCCAUGCUUGAUUAUUGCAAAAGAAAAUUGA